AUGCCACCAAAGAAGAGUGUGGCGAAACAGUAUACGUUUCCACAGAACUUUCUCGAUGUAUCCAACUCCGCCAAAACACAAUUUUUCAAGCCGCAGCCACAAAUAGUCGUUUCGGACCAGAUUAUCACCAUCAAUAACUUCUUCUCCAAAGAAUUGUGCAAUGAGCUUAUCAAGUCAUUCGAAAAGGGUCUUGGGCUCGAGACCACUCCUCUCAUCAAAAGCAAGGAGUAUGCUCUCCGAAUCAACGACCGUGCAGCCGUGAACGACUUUGGGGCUGCACAGGCGAUGUGGAGCUACUUGAGAGAUAUUCUCCUUCAGGAAGUGGAAUACGAAGACGAAGAGUUGGAGGAGAUCAAUGACACAUUCCGCGAUGCAUGCGGGUUGAAUCCUCAGUUGAGAGUGUACAGAUACAAAAAGGGCCAUCAUUUCAAUCAACAUUAUGACGAAUCAGUAGUAUGUGCUCGUAAUGAAAGUGGAAGCUUGAAAGGACGGACCAAAUGGACGUUAUUAAUAUACUUGACUGGAGAUGAUGAGUUUGAGGGUGGAGGUACUAUCUUCUACCCGGAUUACAGAGGUGCUGAACCACUAAACGUCCAUCCAAGCAAGGGAAUGGCAUUAUUGCACAAACAUGGCGAUGACUGCUUGAAACACGAAGGAGAAAUAGUACGUAGAGGUGAAAAAUGGAUAUUACGUAGUGAUGUGGUUUAUGGGAUGGGUAGUCGGUGA